UGUAAUGUGCCACGUCUACCACAACCUUUCCUAUCGUGUUAGUUAUCACUACAGCAUUUUAGGAAGCCAUUGUUCAAAGUCUGUUCAUACAUACAGUACAAUGGGAGGGGGUGUGGCAUGCACAGGACCAGGAAGUUGAUCUCAGACUUCUAUUUAGGACUGGGAUCCAAUCCGGAGUUGACAGAUUAACAGUGAGGACAAACCUAGCCUGCCUUUCUCCUUUCACACCGAGUCCAAGCCUACAGUUACUGGGUCCUGAUUGUGACAUUGGAGCCCAGUUUGCACCGCAAGAUCCAAAGAUGUCAUCAGUGAAGCUGGAAGACUUCAGUCAAACACUGGAGCUGAACGUCAACAUUAAAGAUGAAGAAGAGGAGGAGAAGAUUGGGAAAUGUGUUAAUCAUGGCCAACUCGGAUUGAGUCUGAGGCCGGUAACAUCAACAGUGAGGACAGACCCAGCCUGCCUCUCUCCUUCCACACUGAGUAGAAACCUACUGUCACUGGUUCCUGAUUGUGACAGUGGAGCCCAGUUUGCACUGGAGGAUCCAGAGAUGGCAUCAGUGAAGCUGGAAGACUGCAGUCAAACACUGGAGCUGAAUGUCAACAUUAAAGAUGAAGAAGAGGAGGAGAAGAUUGGGAAAUCUCUUUCUCAUGGAGACCAUGUUGAGACAUUCUCUUCAUCCAGAGAGCAACAGCAGGAAGAUCACAGAGCUAAGAGGUCUCACCACUGCCCACAUUGUGAGGAGAUUUUCCCAAUUCUAUCAAAGCUAAAAAUACACCUAAAAAUACACACAGAAGAAAAUCUGUAUUCCUGCACUGACUGUGGGAAGAGUUUCACAACAUCAAGGGCUCUGACAGUUCAUCAGAGAGUACACACAGGAGAGAAGCCUUACUCCUGCUUUGACUGUGGGGAGAGUUUCUCCCAACAGAGCAACUUAAAAAAACACCAACGUAUACAUACAGGAGAGAAGCCUUACUCUUGCUCGGCCUGUGGGAGGAAUUUCUCUCAACAGAGCAACUUCAAAAAACACCAACGUAUACACACAGGAGAGAAGCCUUACUCCUGCUCUGACUGUGGAAAAGGCUUCACAACAUCAACUGAGCUAACAGUUCAUCAGAGAACACACACAGGAGAGAAGCCUUACUUCUGCUCUGACUGUGGAAAGAGUUUCUCCCGAUUGGAUACCUUAAAAGUACAUGAACGUGUACAUACAGGAGAGAAGCCAUACUCCUGCUCUGACUGUGGAAAAUGCUUCACAACAUCAUCUGAGCUAACAGUUCAUCAGAGAACACACACAGGAGAGAAGCCUUACUUCUGCUCUGACUGUGGAAAAAGUUUCUCCCAAUUGGAGAAGUUAAAAUGUCACCAGCAAAUACAUACAGACCAAAAGUCUUACUUCUGCUCCGACUGUGGGAAGAGUUUCACCCGAUUGGAUACCUUAAAAUGUCACCAGCGUAUACAUACAGGAGAGAAGCCUUACUUCUGUUCUGACUGUGGGAAGAGUUUCACCCGAUUGGAUACCUUAAAAUGUCACCAGCGUAUACAUACAGGAGAGAAGCCUUUCUCCUGCUCUGAUUGUGGGAAUAGUUUUUCUGAUCCGAGCAGCUUAACAACACACCAGCGUAUACAUACAGGAGAGAAGCCUCAUCAGUUCUCUCAGACAAGCUAAGAUUAAAGUCACCAUCACUUCCUUCUCAUCUCAUAAAUUAAGUGGUAACAGUGAAUUUGAUAACAUUUAAGAAAGAGUAAACCACUAUUGGGAUCCUACUGUUUCUCACUGUAAGAGAAUUGUGCAGUGGAAAGGGAGUGUUGUAGAAUGUUAGCUUCUCGUUAAUUUACUGAUCAGUGUGCACCUUGUCAGUUUAAAAAAUAUAUAUUUGAUUAAUUUUUUAGCUUUUACUCUGAAGAUAUUGAGAGUAUCUUGAAUUUGCCCUUAGGGUUGAAUGCCCUCUGAGGCUUCUCACAUUGUAACAAUGGAGUCUGAUGGCUGACUGGGUGGUACUGCAUCCCUCUGCAGUUUUCUGUGGGAAUGAGCUAGUAGACAACAUGUAUCAGAUGGAGAUGGUGUGAUGAUCAGUGUAGAUUCAACAUGUAUCAGAUAGAGAUGAUGUGAUCAGUUUUCUGUGGGAAUGAGUUAGGAGACACAACAUGUAUCAGAUAGAGAUGAUGUGAUGAUCAGUGUUCUGUGGGAAUGAGCUAGUAGAUACAACAUGUAUCAGAUUGAGAUGGUGUGAUGAUCAGUUUUCUGUGGGAAUGAGUUAGUAGACACAACAUGUAUCAGAUAGAGAUGAUGUGAUGAUCAGUUUUCUGUGGGAAUGAGUUAGUAGAUACAACAUGUAUCAGAUAGAGAUGGUGUGAUGAUCAGUUUUCUGUGGGAAUGAGUUAGUAGAUACAACAUGUAUCAGAUAGAGAUGGUGUGAUGAUCAGUUUUCUGUGGGAAUGAGUUAGUAGAUACAACAUGUAUCAGAUAGAGAUGGUGUGAUGAUCAGUUUUCUGUGGGAAUGAGUUAGUAGAUACAACAUGUAUCAGAUAGAGAUGGUGUGAUGAUCAGUUUUCUGUGGGAAUGAGUUAGUAGAUACAACAUGUAUCAGAUAGAGAUGGUGUGAUCAGUUUUCAUCAUUAGUUUGUGUGGAUAAUUUUUUUUACUACUAAGUAACUUUUGUUUAAUGAUACACAUACUUUGAAAUGACUACGUGUUUAUUAAAUUGUCUUACAUUCAAUGACGUAAAUAAUAAAUCUAGUAUUUGGUUGACUGCAUUGAACUUGAUGUGCUAAUUAAAAAUACAUAUUAUACAUGAAUUUGUACUGGUCAAACUUAUACAGACAAUGCAAUGUUUUUGUUUAAUUGAUGUCAUUCAAACUAAUUUAAAUGUCUAUGUAUCUACUCAAUACAUGUUACUACACCUCUACAUGCCAAUUAGCUAGCCGCCAGUAUGUUCUACAAAACAUACAGAUAAUGUUUUGCAGUAUAAAGGACAUG